GUCCUAAGGCAACGUCCGAUUAUGUACGUUCCCCUUGCCCUGUAUCUGUCACUGCCGCUAACUUCAUAUUGCCGUUCUCUCAUAUUCUUGAAACCACUUUUCUAUACGACCAACCACACUCGUUUUAUUCUAUUGUUCAUAGAUCUGUCCAAAUCACUUCGGAUCAUCGUCAUUCAUUCAUUAUACACCGAAUAUCUGUUUCACUGUGCUCGGUGUAUCCACCUCUCAUUGUUAUCGUUUGGUGUAUCCUCUCUAUCUUUAUUAGAUUUUCUUAUUGCAUGUUGGAUGUACCUAUCCUACCUCGCCAUGUCGCACGGUGUAUCUUUUAUGUUAGAAGCACGUUGGGAGUAGCUAUUGUAUCUCAUCAUGUCAUCUGGGCCUUUGCAUCGUAUCUGGAUCGAGAAUGAAUAUCAUUGUGUUGGGUU